CACGUGGGUGAUCAGUCAUUAACAUGGCCAAGAUGAAGAAAGUUAGUGAAACCAAAAGCGGGGCUGCUGUAAAUCCAUUGAGUUCAGAACCUGGUCCAGCGUCACAGCGGAUAUUGACUACCAAGCAGUGGAGACCAGAGACUCUGAGAAGAUCCCAGAUGCUGAGUCAUAACGUGUUUGUUUAAUACCAGUGAGAGCGUGGAGUCCAGUUACAAGGCUGUAAAGGAGACUAUGGAGGAGGAGGAGGAGGAGGAACUGUUUCACACAGAGUAUGCCAUCAGCGCAAGUGAGGACGAGGCCCAGAGCGAUGAUGAGAGGAAACAUUGCAAACUGCUGGAGGCCAUCAGUGCCCUGGAUGGGAAGAAAAGGAGGAAGCUGGCUGAGAGGUCAGAGGCCAGCACGCAGGUGUCGGAGUUCAGCGUCAGUGCUGAAGGUGCUGGGGAGAAAAUUGAUCUGAAAGACUUGCUUGGGACGAUCGCCCCCGCUGCCCCGUCAAUGUCCUCCAUCAAGAAGCAGCUGAAUAAACUGCAGUACAAAAAUAAGACCCUGGAGCUGCCCCUGAGCAGGCAGGAGACAGAUCAGAUCCAAAGGGUGGUGGCCUACGAGAAGACUUCGAAGAAGGUGACUCGCUGGGACCAUGUGGUGCGCCAGCACCGUAAGGCUGAGCAGCUGGUGUUCCCCUUGAACCAGGAGCCAGGGGGGAUCAAACCUGUGGAGCAGAUUGUGGCCAGCUGGAAGGUCAGAACCCCCCUGGAGCUGGAGAUCUUCAACCUCCUGCACAAGAACAAGCAACCCGUCACCGACCCCAUCCUGACCCCUGUAGAGGAGGCCUCGCUCCGAGCCAUGAGCCUCGAGGAGGCGAAGAUGCGGCGUGCAGAGCUGCAGAAGGCCCGUGCGCUCCAGUCCUACUAUGAGGCGAGAGCCAAGAGAGAGAGAAGAAUAAAGAGCAAGAAGUACCACAGGGUCCUGAAGAAGGCGAAGCAGAAGGAGGUGCUGAAGGAGUUUGAGGAACUGCGAAAGACAAACCCAGACGCUGCUCUCGAGGAGCUCAAGAAGAUGGAUCGGUCCAGGAUAGAGGAGCGCAUGUCCCUGAAGCACCAGAACAGCGGCAAGUGGGCCAAGUCCAAAGCCAUCAUGGCUAAAUACGAUGACGAGGCCCGCAGAGCUAUGCAGCAGCAGCUGGAGGUGAACAAGGAGUUGACUAGGAAGCUGGUGGGGCCCUCAGAGAGCGAGGAAGAAGAGCCUGAGGAGGAGGAGGAGGAGGAGGUCUUGCCCGGCUUUGUUAACGAGGCCCAGCUCAGCACCGAUUACGCCAAUCCGUGGAUGCAGGGGAAGCUGAGCUCUGACCCGACUGAGCUCGCUGGGGAAGCUGGUGGGGAGACAGAGACCCCAGCACUAGGGGGUGCUAUGGAGGAGAGCGAGGAAGAGGAGGAGGAGGAAGACGAGGCUCUGCUCAGGGAGUUCGAGGAGAGGCGGCGCCUCCGGAAAGAGCAGGAGGAGGACAUUGUCCCUGCGGAGGAGGAUAAGGAAGAUGCUGGAGAAGAGAGGUGUGAUGAGGUAGAGGAAGAGGACGUGUCCGAGUUUAACAGCCUCUUCCAGAGACUGGUGGGAAACAAGCCCAAGACCCAAGCAGCAAAGCGGGCAGCCAGGCCGCCUGCACCUCAGGGGGAAGGAGAGAGCCAGGAGCAGAGGAAGGAGGACAGCGAGGAAAGGGAAGAGCCCCCCCUGCUGGAAGAGAGCCUCACUCGGGUUCAAACUAUGGAGAAUCUGGAGAACCUGGAGCGAGAGGAAACUUUAGAAGCUGAGGUGCCUGAACCAGACAGCACCAUGACAGGGCCAGGCAUACAGACAGAGGAGGAGAAACCGACCAGCAAGGCAGGGAAGAGGAAGAAGGUGAUUGACCCUGAGGAGGUGCUGACCAGACAGGCCAAAGUGAUCAAGGUGCCCUCAGCCCCCACCGCCAUUGAGGAUGAGGAGGGUGAUGAAGAGCAGAAGAUGAUCAUCAAGGAAGCCUUUGCCUGCGAUGACGUCAUCGCUGACUUCCUGAAGGACAAGCAGAAGCAGACAGAGAUGUCCAAACCCAAAGACGUAGACCUGACCCUGCCGGGCUGGGGGGAGUGGGGCGGAGUGGGGCUCAAACCCUCCACGAGGAAACGAAGGAGGUUCCUUAUAAAAGCAGCCCCCGGCCCUCCCAGACGAGAUCGCAACCUGCCUAAUGUGAUCAUCAGUGAGAAGAGGGAUGCUUCAGUAGCAGCCCACCAGGUCAAUGAUCUGCCCUUUCCCUUCAGUAACCCGACACAGUUCGAGCGCAAUAUCCGGGCGCCCAUCGGCCACAACUGGAACACCCAGCGUACUGUGCAGAAGCUGACCGCACCCAAGGUCAUCACCAAGAUGGGCACCAUCAUCGACCCCAUUGACGAGGAGGAUCUUGCCAUAGACAAGAAACCACCAGUCCAGCUGCGGAUUGCGGACAUCCUGCUGACAAAGGAGGAGAAGGGGAAGAAAAACACAGAGCACAAAGACAGGAGACCCCAGAGCAAGAGACCCCAGAACAAGAGGAGACCCCAGAAACGCAUAGACAAGAAGAACCAGCAGAAAUCCAAGAAGGCUGCCUGAUCACGGACACAGAAAGGACUGAAGCAUGGCAGAGGCACGGUUCAUUGAGAAUGAGAUCAGCGAGCUGUUUGGACCUGAACUGUGGUCUGCAGCCCCUUCUCUUUUUUUUUUAAGUGUGUUGUUAUGUUGUGGUAUUAUUUUGAUCGUUCUUGCACAUGAAAUCUCUAGUUGUUGUUGUGAUAACUCCCGUGGUUCCCAGUGUGAGAUCUUCUCUCCCAUUCAAAUACCAAUGUGUCCCUCAGUCCUGCCAUGGUAGGACUGACUGGGAGUUAAGCCACCACCCCCCAAUCCAGUCCUUGCCAAUCCCUUCACAUUUUAAUGGUGGAGGAAGCAUUUUCAUUACAUGUCAGGGUAAAAUGGAUUGCAUGAAGAAGUAAACAGAUUUACCAGUCGCCAUAGCAACCCCUUUGCCUGGUAGCCAGGAUGUGGAUAGAGCAACCUUGAAAUCAGAUGAGGCUACAACACCUUGUUCUCCUAUAGUGUUGUAAUAUUGUACACAAAUACUGGAGAGUUUUUGUAAUGUGAUAGAAACAACAAAAACUGCUAAAAUAAAUGAAUAUGGAAUGGCAGUAUGGCCGUGUGUGGUUAUAUAUUAUACUCCUGCAGGUUAGGGUGGAUGCUGAAUGAGCUACAUCCUAGCUCUACUAAGAUUAGUAGCUGGUACAAUACGUCAGCCUUUGUGUAUGCAUGUUUUACCAACUGUGAAGCCCUGUCCUCGUGUUUGAGUCUAGGAGGGUAGUCCUGGGACUAUCACAGAAGGCACGGUAAUUUAGCCUGUAUCGUACAGCACCCAGUACUAUACUGUGUAUAAUGGAUAGUUAAAUAAUAAAACCAUAGCUAAUCCCAAGAAUAUAGGACAUUUUACAAACAAAAGGAGGCAAUUCUGCCCAUCUAAGCUCAUGUAGUUGCUAGAAGCUGAUGUCUCAGAACUUUGUCAAGCUGUUUUCCUCUGUUCCUGGUUUCUGUACUGCGCUUGAAGUAAUGGUUUGAGUUAACUACUGUAUGUCAGCUCAUUUUAACAUUUUAAAGAUUUCAGCCAUGCCCCUCAUUCUUUGGUCCACGCUAAAUAUUAUAGGUACUAAAUGGCCUAUUUUGACCAACACAUGUAUAGUAACAUCAUUGUGGCUUUGGUAUUGCGUCUGGUUUGCGCAUGCGCAGUGGGAAUAUUUCAAUACUACCUGAUAUUCGGGAGCCCUGGAUACUUAAGAACGUCGUUGUUAUUUUGAUACAAGCCUGUGUUAGCAGUCGCUACAGUCAAUGGAGGGUGGUUUACUUCCAAUCUCAUCUGAUUGCGAUCCCUUAUCAUGUGUCACAGCGGUUGAAAUGCCAGUUUAUCUGGAUUUACUGCUGGUGUUGAAUGCAUUGCAUACCUUUCCAAAGACGAUGCUCUCAGUAUACACAGACCGCUUGCCUGUCCGCGCUGAUGAUGUUCAGAAGCGUUAUUCGUAUGGGGCAGGCAAGAGGCAGAGUGCGCAUAUUCCAUCUAUAACUGCUGGCGUCUCUGGGAGUGUGUGUGUACAGGGAGGGUGUGCAUUGGUACUUGCCAUGAGCAGACCUUAAAUGUUGUUGCGCUGUAUAGGACCUUCUAAACAUACUUUUAUUUUAUAGCUCCUUCACUCUUUUAUAGUUAAAAUACAUUAGAUUUGUAGGUUAUCAAGAACUACAAAAAAAAAAACAAAUGACAAAAACAAAACGUAAUUUUAUUUUAUUUUUCUAAUUUGUUGAUAAUCCAUGUACAGAGUAGCGCAGCUAUUUUUAGCAAUGAAUUUAUAAGUGACCCAUUAUUUGAUCAUUUUUUUUGUUAAAACCCUCUGUUUCUAACAAAUCUGAUUGUGAUUUAUCAGUCAUUUCCGCAUUACUGUAGUUUUAAAAAGUACUGUACCGAGUACUGACUUUAACAUAGUUAAAAACGACCACGAGAGGGCGCGUUGAUGCCUACUUUUAUAUCAAAACAUUUUUAAUAUCUGCAUUAAAUAUUUAGAUGUUUAAUGUUUAAUUGGUGACACUUGCAUUGGAUACCGAAUACAAAAUAAUAAUGAAUAUAUACGUUUUAAACCAUUAGUGCAUUAGCAGCGAUAUAUGAAUUGUUCAGUCGCCGUCCAUUUACAUAGGCUGUGGUUUGUAGUCUUUUUGUUCCA